AUGUCUACCGUGCUCACCAAAACCCCUCUCCCCCCCUGCCAGUUUGUGGAGGACUACGAGCCCACCAAAGCCGACAGUUACCGCAAGAAGGUCGUGCUCGACGGCGAGGAAGUGCAGAUCGACAUCCUCGACACGGCGGGCCAGGAGGACUACGCAGCCAUCAGGGAUAAUUACUUCAGGUCUGGCGAAGGCUUCCUGUGCGUGUUCUCCAUCACAGAGGACGAUUCCUUCCAGGCCACGGAGCUCUUCAGGGAGCAGAUCCUGCGCGUGAAGAACGACGACCACAUCCCGUUCCUGCUGGUGGGCAACAAGGCCGACCUGAACGAGCGCCGGAAAGUGAGAGAGGAGGACGCCAAGAACCGCGCCAGCCAGUGGGGCGUUCCCUAUGUCGAAACCUCGGCCAAAACGCGAGCCAAUGUUGAUAAGGUAUUCUUUGAUUUGAUGCGAGAGAUUCGCGCUUGCAAAUUGGAAGACAAUAAGAACACCAAUGGAAAAGGCAAAGAUCCCGGCAAGAGGAAAAAACACAAGUGCUGCAUUCUUUAGGCAUUCUACGACUUGACUCGCAUGAUAUCAGCCAGCAAGCAGCAGGCUGACAGCCCAGACGAGACAGAAAACAAACCUACCAAGUGCUGCUGCAUUUCAUAGUCCCCCCACGACUACACUAGCCUGUGAAUGAAACCAAUACAUGGAAUUUUUUUUUUUCUUUUCUUUUUUUUAUCAUUCAUAGAUGUAGGAGGUGUUUAAUUUGUUUUGUAGGUGAUGACAAUAGCCCCCGGUGUAUGUGUGAAGGUUAUUAUACAAUGUGUAGGUGAGAGAAGAGAUGACUUUUUUAAUGUGCUAUUGAAACUAAACCCUUCAUUACCCUCAAAUGACAUAGGGUCUUCUCUCCACUCUGUCUCAGUCACUUGUAAUAUUUGUUUACAAUGUUUAAGAUGCCUCCUGUCUUGUCUUAAGGUUUCUUGUAUACUAGAGGGGCUCCAAGAUGAUCCUCUGGGUUGUUUUGCUUGAAAAUGAAUUUGUAAUGUAAGUUUUGCAGAUAGUGCAUCUGUCUGAUUCAUACUCAUUAGGUCAUGUGCCAUGGCCUUUCAUUUCCCUUUCUUACUUUUUUGUUUGAAUUUUUUUCUUUUUUCCUUCAUUACUAUUUCUAGAAAUUUAAGUGCUUAUUAUUGAUAUAAGGGUAUAAAGCUGAAGCCCUCUAACAGAUCGCAGUGAGUGCUCAUUGAAGUGAUCUAUGGAAAAUAUGUAUUUAUGUGACGUCGCCAAAAGACAAACCGUUGAAAGCUGUGAAAGGCGACUUUGUUACUGUCAUCAUCAUUGUAUGUUUUGCUGAAUGUUAAAGGUGAUUGUUAGGCAUCAUAGAUAUUUAUGAUGUGCUCAUUGUGAGUGAAUAAACAUUCAGUGUAAUUUUUUUCUUUUAUGUCAACCAUUCCUAAAUAAUGAAGAUUUUUCUCAGAGAAAUAAGUAGGUAAAGUAAUAAGUAAAUGCCAUAAGGUUAAAUUGAUUUCUUAGAAGAUUUAGAGGGAACAUAGAAGAUUAUUUAAGAGGCUUGCUCUUCCUGCCUUACAAGUUUCACAUUUAAAAACUGAAUAUUGGUUGUUACACUAUAGUUAAAUUAAGAGUAAAUGAAAAGAAAGAAUCUAAUUAAUGAAUUUUAUACAAGGUGGGGUUAGGCCAGCCAUUCCAUUGUACUCAGAUCCUAACCCACACCUUCUAUACCAUUGCUUAGGUGAAUGCAAAGUAAAAAUAUGCUUGCAGAUGUAACAAGAUGUCAAUAUAUUUUUUUUCUUCAUUGUAGAAGUCACCUCGUGGUGCUCUUUUGGAAAGAGGUAACUUGACGGUUUUCUUACUCCCCCUCCCCCCCUCCUUGGCAUUUCAACCACAUGACUUAGAAGUUGGAAGUUGAAAGUGGCAAGGUAAAGGAAAAUAUGAAAGUGAAAGGGAAAGCUUGUUUACUUUUUUUCAUUUUCCUGAUAGGUCUACCUCUGCAUUUUAGCCACACAGGCAAGGUGUGUGUGUGUGUGUGCCAGACUGUGAAGUCCAAAACCAAAGUAGAAAAAAUAGAAAAGAAAUUCCUUUAAAGCUUGCUGUUACGUACUCCACUGGUUUUAUACUCAUUGGGCAACUUGUGUACAACCUUAAUAACUACCAACGCAGCUGAUAUUUGUUUUAAUUUCUUUAAAUAAGUUGUCUAUCAGCUGCAGUACAGAUGACUAGAUAAUUAUGAAAGGUUAGGUGGCUUGCCAAGAACAAGUGAUGUCAUUGGAAGUCUUUGAAGUUUGGACUGUGUGGCAAUGCAGAGCGUAGAUGGGAAGUGAAGUGAUCUGAAAAGCAAAUAUGCCUUUAGCAAAUGUAAACAGCUUUCCUUGUGCCUUCAAAUUGGUCUCUUUUAUAAGUUUAGAAGAUUUGUUGUUUUUGUUUACUAAUUAACUUUCAAGUUUUUUUUUUUUUUUUAUAUUGCCCAGAUCAGUUUUUAUUUAUAAGGAAGAUUAGACUGGAACAUUGUACAAAUUCACUCUUGCAAAACUGGAAUGAAAUAAAUUUAAAAAGGGUCCAUCUUGUAUAAUAACAUUAUUUUUAUUUGGAAGUAGAUUAACAAAACAGAAAAAAAAAUCCAAAAGUUUUUUUUUUUUUUUUUUUUUUUUUUUUUUUUUUUUUUUUUUUUUUUGUUUAACAGCCCUGCAGCAUUCCCUUACAAAUAUAUAUGUAUGUAUAUGUGUUUAUAUAUGUAUAUACAUAUAUGUAUAAAUGUUUUCUUCAGUAAUAUUCUAGCAGGUAUAGACUUCAUUCUUGCCUUGAUUGUAAUAACAAAUAAUUAACAUAACAGAGGACAUUAAGGAACUUAUUUGAAAUAAAAUAAACAAUCAUCUUGUCAUUUUCACUAUUAAAUCACAAUAUUGAUGCAUUAAGGGCACAUGACUAUAUAUAUACACACACAUGUACUGUUUAUGUAUAUAUGUAUGCAUUUACGAAGAUAUUUGUAUAUGUAUAUGUGUAUGCAUGCAAAUGUAUGUAUGUAUAUAUGACUAUAUUUAUGGAAAUUACCACAAAACUACCAGCUACAUUAAAUGCACAAAUUUCAGCUGCCAUAAUGAUGGUUUAUACCAGAUUUGCAGCUUAUUUAAGUUUUACAUAUAGUAGUUUUAAAGAUUUACUUUCCAAGUCCCUCAAGUUUUGGAUGGGCUCACACACCAAUACAAAACUGGACACGGUUUCAUAGGGGAGAAAAUGCUCAAAAGGUGAAUGGGAUGGAAUCUAGUCACGGAUUUCAAGCAACGGAGAGCGUUCAAAUUUUCAAAGGAGAACUAGGCAAAAAGGAAAAACGGAAAGCAUUGUUCACUACCUUAUGCAAAAAAAUUACAUAAUUUGUAAGAGCAUUCCUGGCAAUGGUGAGCUUAUUGUGAAGGUUAAGCUUUUAUUUAUCCAUUUUAAUCACAGUUUGUACAUUGAUUAUGUAAUAUAUGUCUGAAAUAAAA